UGAUAAACUUAUUAAAUAGGUUAAAUGGACCCGGUGUUUUUCAAGCUCAGCCAGGUUCUACUUUUUCUAGCAUCUGUUUGGACUACACGGAGCUGUAAUUAUUCUGGUCGUCCGCCUUAUAAAUUGGAUCUGGGCUCUAAGCUCAUGAUUGAAAGCGAAUGUAGCCAAGCCGUAGAAAAUACUGUUUUAUGGUUCUUUAUUCCUAUUGUUAACAAAAAUCCACAAUUACCAGCCCAGAAUUAUACUUCAGUGGGCUCAGAAGGCAUUCUUAUUGUAAACGAAGUUACCAAAUUAAAUAAUGGCACUUAUUACUUCUCCGCUUUAGAAAACGGGGUCAGAUCAGAAUCGGCUAAAAUUCCUGUCAUUAUCGCAUGGGAAGGAUCAGAGACCUCCGUGAGUCUCUUUGCGCCUUCGGCUGAAAACUUACAGAUUGGUGCUACAGUGAAAUUAGUGUGCAACUUCGACAGCAACCCAAAACCAGAAGUGACCUGGCUCAAAAAUGGAAACAAAGUCACACCUUCUGAUAAUGUAGAGUUGCAGGCUGAUAUCCUCACUAUUAAGUCAAUGACUCAGGAGGAUGUGGCGUCUUACAUGUGUAGAGUGAAUAAUAUCUUCCUGGAGAGACCUUUCAUGAUCGAACUUCCCACAAUGCAAACUCCCACCAAGCAAAUUCCUAAUGGUUCUACGACAGUGCAAUUGCUGCAGUCCUCCACCCAGUGUCCUCUGCAGGUGGUAGAGGGACAGAGUGUGUGGGUGGAUUUCAAAGACAUAGGGGGCUCAUUCCUACUCAACGGGCGCAGAGUCUACAACUCCGCAGAAAUCUACACUUUCCCGCAGAAUGGCUCCGUGUAUUUUCCCAGUAUAGACCGGUCAGUGGAGAGUGUGUCUGUGAUGGGGUCGAAGCUGAAGGAGUCCCACAGCUGCAACAUCAACGUCACCUACAUCGAUCCUCCGCGGCUAGACCCGAACAUCGCUUACUUCGGCUCUGGCAGCCUCAUCACUCAUAAAUACAUCUGCACUGCCGGCGAUUCAAACCCUCCGCCGAUUCUUUUCCAGUGGUUCCGAAACAACAUCCUCUUAAACGAGAGUUCCACCAAGGAAAUCACGGGAACUGGGUUUGAGGUGAAAAGGAUUCAAAAUGCAAUUAUACUGAAUCUGCCCGAUAAUUUCAUGGAUUUGGACGAGAAGUUCAGUUGUCAUAUUGGAAAUGGACUGAAAACGCUGAGCAUGGAUCUGAAGUUCCAACACGUGGUGCAUGUGCCCAAUUCUCAGGAUGUGGUCUCAGUGCUGGAGGGUGAGAGUGCGAGGCUGCAGUGUCUGUCUAAUAGUAGUGACGUAUCCAUGUUCCACUUCGAGUGGAGCUCCUUCAACUCCAACGAGGAUGCCAGCGUCAAAACACUUCUGGCGAAGAGUAGGAAGAGCAACCAUGGGAAUGUGUUGACUGUGCGGAGAGUGAGUGUGAGUGACAGCAGACGACUGACUUGUGCUGCAUUCGGAAACAGACCAGAGAUCGCCUCAUUCACCGCCGCCAACACCAUCACUCUCAAAGUGCACAAACGAUUUAAAUUCCUCAAUCCGACCAGUUGGACCAACACUUCUUACGUGCACUACAUUCGGGCCAAACAGACAGAGUCUAUCACUUGCAACGCAGAGGGACCCCACUCGGAGCCCCCAUCUAUCAGGUGGGAUGUCCAGAAUGGAGGCGAGCUACCUGCUGGUGUGAGUCUAAAUGAGAGCAACCAACUUGUCUUCCGAGAUGCAGAUCCAGCCCAGAACGGAAACUACAGGUGUAUGGCGAGACUGGCUAAACCCAGUCCUGUGGGGGGAGAGGAGGAGCCGACUGUUCUCACGCGCACAUUCAACGUCCGAGUAGUCAAACAAAUUGAACUGGAAGUGGCCGAGCAUCCUGUGGAUCAGAAGGUGGAGAGGGGGGACCAGGUGCAGUUCCACUGUAAGGCCAUAGAUAUGGGACAGGGGGAGCAACAGCCAGACACGAAAUGGUGGUUCAAAGCUGCCAAACCGGCUCGCAGGUCUGACGACAAGGCUGACGCAUACUCUGGGUCCUCAAGUAGUAGUGGGGGAUUGACCACUGCAGCUCCAGUGUCAGUGGAUACCAUCAUCAAGAAGAGCAUGGCUGAUGCGAAACAAAAGAGCACCACUGGCACCACAACUGACACACAACCUCCUGUGCAGUCCAGAAUCAAGGUGGUGAAUGGGACUACAUUAGUGAUAGACAAUGUGCAGAGUGCGGAUCAGGGCUUCUACUGGUGUAUCUUCAACAGGACUUUCAACUUCGGAUCCCAGUCACUCAAGACCACUAACGAAGCCACCCUCGCAGUUAUCAUCGCUUCCUCGGGAAGUCAGAGCAUACGCACUAUUCUCAUUGCAGUGGCGUGUGCAGUUGGUUACAUUCUCUUCAUGCUCGCACUUACUAUCUACUGUCGCAAGAGGCGCAUAGCGAGUAAGAACAAACAGCUGGCUAAAUUGGCCAAUGCCAACAAUGGAUUAGGGGGAGAUCCGAAUGUGGGCAAUGGACAAGUGAAAGGUCAAGGGACGCUGGAGAUGGAUUGCAAGCAGCCGUUGAUGGGGUCAGGAGAUUUGAGGCCCGAUCUGGUCACCCUGCAAAAACGGUCACUGAAUGUUGAGAAACUUCAGUUUCCGAGACACGAACUGCAGACGACUUCUCUUCUCGGAAGAGGCGAGUUCGGAGACGUCUUCCUAGCAGUGGCCAUGGGACUCAACUUAUCCGACACGGGGUCAGUGUCAAGGUCAAUGAGGUCAAAUGGCAGUCAGCAGACAUCUACGACUGCCACAGGUGGGGGUCAGUCAAAUGAGCAGCUGGUCAUGGUCAAGUCGCUUCUGCACAAGGACAAAGCACUGCAGGAGAAGUUCCACAGUGAGAUGGAGCAGUAUGCACAGUUGAGGAGUGUCCAUGUGUCCAGACUGUUCGGAGUGUGCACCGAGACGGAGCCACUUUACGCCAUAUUCGAGUACACCGAGUGGGGAGACAUGAAACGAUUCCUGAUGUCGACUAAAGGCGUGAAUGGACUGCCCCAGACACCUGCCAUGUCCCUCUCACACAAACUGCACCUCGCUUACCAGGCUCUGCGUGGUCUGGAGUACUUUGCCAACAACAAACUGGUGCACAAAGACGUAGCUGCUCGCAACUUCCUCCUCACUUCAGACCUGGUGGUGAAACUAUCCUGUGCCUCCCUCUGCAAAGAUGUAUACAGGAGUGAGUACUACGAGUACCACAAUGUGUUGAUUCCCUUGAGGUGGAUGCCCCUGGAGGCUGUGUACGAUGAGAGCUACUCCCAGAUGAGUGACGCCUACUCGUUCGGAGUCACACUGUGGGAAAUAUUCAGUCUGGGAGUGCUUCCUUACCCUGAACUGACAAACGAACAAGUUCUGAAGGGAUUGACAGUAGGCGAACUGAAACUAGACGUGCCCCCUGCCCAUCUGUGUCCCCCGCAAGUGGCAGAGAUCAUGUUCAAGUGUUGGGAGGAGUGUGCGAUGAAGAGACCCUCAUUCUCACAGAUGCUAGCUAUUCUCACUUCUGUCAAUGUGGAAGACAACAGCACUUGUUGAGAUGCUCUACGAUUUACAGUGCAUGCGUGCGAAUUCACCUACAGUUCGACUUGCAUAGUCUAAUUUGACGAGAAGACGAGCUCAACUUUAAACUCUGCAAUUGCUCAAAACCUUAAAAUUUAUGUUCAAGUUUAAGGACCGGUGAAAUGCUGCAAACUGCAAAAAACUCUUAAAUGUUGAAAAUAAAAAAAUAGUUUGUUGACGAAAGAGUCUUAGCAAAUUUGUGCUUUCCUUUAACCCUGUUGCCAAAUGAAAAGUAAUGUGUUUGAUUUCAUGGUCGGUUAGACCUUAGCAGACCUUUGGUAACAAGGUGCAGAUAAAUUGACGUGCUUUGGUGUUGUCACUUGUGAGAUAACAUUUCUCUCCCAAGGAGAUGAAUAAAUCCAGAUUAUUUCGCUGCUCCUCUCUCAUCCAAUUCGCUUUUAGUUCGCUUUCUAUCCAAUCUUCUCUCAGCAGUUUUUUUCUUGAUCUUUUUUCAAAUCAGUUCCUGUUUGAAGUUUAUUCUCUUGAGAAAACUGUGACAAAAUUGUUCUCAAUGCUAGUAAAUGUUUUUCUUUAGGAAAUGUUUUACAUGUGUUGACAUGAUUUUUAAGUGUUGGCUUUUUUGCUAAGUAGUUAAAAAGUGGAUUGAGCUGUUUUGUCACGAAUCAACAUACGCUAAUAAAAAUUGUGGAUAAACUUUAUAGUCGAGACAAUAUUCGUGAAAAUGCUAACAAGCGGCUAGAUCUACGGGUCAUUUAGAAAAAAAAUAACCAUCUCGCUUCGAAUUACUUAAAUAAAUAUUGCUUUGCGACGAAUUGUCUUUUAUUGAAAUGCUACCAAUUUUCGCUUGUUCAUGUUCAAAUGUAUUGAAUAACAUGACUUUGAAUAGUUUUCUGGUGCAGAGAAAGACAGUUUUUUCUUUGUUGAUCUUCGCGUACUUGUUGGGUUCGACUGAAGAUAUUGUCUUGAUUUAAUCACAUAACUUGAGUGCUAAACUAAUUUAUUCGCCUGUCGUCCUGCAAUGUAAUAGAAUGCAAUUAAAAUUACUUAACUUAAUUAACCAAAUCAAAAUAAUUUCUCUAAGCCCUGUCUCAUUUCCCAUCGUCUUUUGAAAAACUACCUAAGGGGAAAGUGAAGUCUUUGAAGAAAAUAAGAAAAAUGAUAAUUGGGUCAAUUGACGAGAUUAUAACUAACUUCUAAAAGAUUUCUUCAAGUUACACUUCAUGGAGAUACCCUUUUUGAAGUCAUCAUUUAACCAAAAACCUUAGGCUUGAUUU